AUGGGUUUGAGAUAAUUGGAUUUUUUUAGAAAAUUAAAUACUGAUAUUGGUGACACCUCAUCAGCCUUGGGAGGAUUCUUGACCACAAUAGCCUUUGCAUUGGUGACCAUUUUAACCAUGAAUGAAUGCAGAUUGUUCUUUAGCACAGAAUUAAACUAUUAAACUGUGAUUGACAAUGACACUGAAUAAUUUAUCAAAGUUCACUUAGACAUGAUUGUUGGGGCACCCUGUAUGGUGUUGUCAUUGGAUUAAUAAGAUGAGGUUGGAGUCCACGUAAUGGAUGUUUCUGGCACCUUGAAGAAGAUUUCACUUGAUAAAGAUAGACAUGUGUUGCCCUCAAUUGAUAGUAACGAAAGACCUAACUAUGAAGGAAGUGAAUAAGAAUUAUUAGAUGCAAUUGAGGCUAUCAAUCAAGGAGAAUAAUGCUAAUUGAAGGGAUUUUUCUAAGUAAACAAGGUCCCAGGCAACUUCCAUGUCAGUUAUCACGCCCAUCAUUAUUUAUUAUAGAGAAUCCAUCAAAGAGAUCUUUCAGUCUUUAGAAAAAUGAAAUUGGAUCACUCUAUCUAUGAAUUGAGAUUUGGAGAGAUCACCACCACCUCCAAAAUGAGGAAAUAUUCGAAAUCUCUCCAAAAAUUCUAAAACUCCUGGAAGUAAAUUGUUAAAUCAGCCCCUGAAGGAGAGAAAUAAGAUUAUGAGUAUUAUAUCGAUGCCUUGCCUGUGAGGUUUUAUGAUGAGAACGAAAGAAACUAUUAAACUCUCUAUAAAUAUUCUAUCAAUGAAGCUUAAAUGCCAAGAACUUUUACAGAAAUCGACUCAAUCUAUUUUAAAUACCAAAUCAGUCCAGUCAAUAUGGUCUAUUCUAUUUAAAAGAAGUCGGUCUAUCAUUUUAUUGUUCAACUACUGGCUAUUAUUGGUGGAGUCUUUGCAGUUAUAGGAAUCCUCAAUUCAAUUGUAUAAAAAGCAAUAUGAGUCUAUUUCAUAAAUAUUUACAAAUAAUUAAAUGUGUGAAAACAAA